CCGGGGUCGUCCUAUUUAGCGGGCAAGAAUUAUGAGCGAGUAUGUUCUGACGGUGACCAUGAAGUUCAGGCAGAUGAGUUUGGUGACGAAAAUGCUAAAGAGGAUGUUAGUGUAACGGAUGAGAUGCACUUCGACGCUGAGUUGGAGGCUAUUAAAGAACGCUUUAAAGAAAUAGAAGCUGAUGCUAAUAAGUUGCAUGACUUGCGUCGCGUUAUCGACAGGUCACCGGUUUCAAAGUCGAAUAACUCAAAUUUAUCGGACGAUGACAAAACUGAAGUUGAUCUACGCUCAGUCUACGUCGGAAAUGUUGACUAUGGUUCUACGGCUGAUGAACUUGAAGCGCACUUUCGUGGAUGUGGGCCAAUUAACCGUGUCACAAUAUUGUGCAAUAAAUUCACUGGCCAUCCUAAAGGGUUUGCAUACAUUGAAUUCGACACCCGUGACGCAGUGGAGGCUGCGAUGGCUUUGGAUGAUUCGUCUUUCCGCAGCCGGCAGUUGAAAGUUCUACCUAAACGUACGAAUGUCCCCGGUAUGUCUAUGACAAAUCGCCCCCCUUUUAUAAGGGGUCGUGCUCGUGGAAGAGGAAUGUCUUUUGGUUUCCGUCCAGCUUAUGCCGGUCGAAUGCGAUUCCCGCGAUAUCGGCGACGUGGUAGUUAUUACUUUUCCCCUUAUUAAACUGGUGGAACUAAUGAAAAAAAUAAUAAAAGAAAAAAGAAAUUGAGCGCAAAAGAAAUGUUUGCAAGACGUCCCCGUAUUCUGCUUUGUCACUCACUCCUUUUGUGGAACUAAUAACUCUGUUGUCUGAAUUUUAGGUAUCGCAUACGACUUACACUGUAUGAUGCCGCAAACAUUUUGUUUCGAAAUCUAGUGAGAAUACAACAUACGUGUUGGAGACGUUGUACACAAAUGUGCGAUGUAAAUUGGUGCUAUUUUGAUAUUCAUACUAUAUGGCUUGUUUACCAUUGUGUAUGUUUACGAAAUAUUUUGUUGGCUAUCUUAUGUUUUUCUAAUGUGUCAUUUCAGAUACUCA